AUGGCAUCUCCUAGCAGCCCAUCGUCGAACCAGACUGAGCCACUGCUUAGUGUCAAAGCAACAGACGUCACAGUACCGAAACAACUGUCGUCAGUCACCUCAACAACCAUCAAGACUGUCUCCGUCCUGCGCGUUAUCUUGGGUGCUGCCUGCGUCAUCGCCCCCCAAUUGACCUGCGAGAUCUUCUUCUAUCCGGUCCCGACGGCCUUCUCGAUCCUGCCGCGCCUGUUUGGCAUCCGUGACCUUCUCCUUGGCGCGCUUCUUGUCACAGCCGAAGACAAGAACAUCCCAAGUGGAGGCAGACGGGAAUUGAGAAGGACACUCUGGGCGAAUAUUGCGGCGGAUAGUGUGGAUGUAAUUAGCAUCGUGCUAUCUUUAGCUCAAGGAAAUUUAGAGAGGCUACCAGGGGCGGCACUUGGGGGAGGAGCAGGCAUCUUUUUGAUCAUGGAAGGAAUGGCUAUGCGGGGAUUGUGA